AUGUACAUCUCCCAGUUUCUGUCCUUGGGCGCUUUGCUGCCGUUGGCAGCCACCUUGGGCAUCCAGCAACCCCUCGGCGCCGACACCCCCCGGCUGACCCCUCAUGCUUCGUCUGUACUCCCGGGCUCCUCGUCGCCUUCGUCUACCGCACCUUCUUGGCGGGGGGAGCUUUUAAAGCUGCACCGCUCCCUCAUUGAAAUCCCCUCCAUCUCGGGCAACGAGAGUGCGGCGGGAAAAUUUCUGGUUGAUUACUUGACUGGCCGGGGCUACGUCUCGUCUCUCCAGUUUCUGCCUCCGCGCAGUAACGAUUCCAACGAGACACCGCGCUUCAACGUAUUGGCCUGGAAGACGAACCAACGCCAGCCCAAGCCACGCGUUGUCAUCUCAUCUCACUACGACGUCGUGCCGCCGCACAUUCCCUAUGGCAUCUCGGAUGACCAGAUCACGCCCGAUACCCGUAUAAGUGGAAGGGGAAGCGUAGACGCCAAGGCCAGCGUCGCUGCUCAGAUCAUUGCCCUCGAGGACCUGUUCAGCGCUGACAAAGUCGACCCUGACGAUGUGAUGCUCUUGUUCGUCAUCGGCGAGGAGGACACGGGUGACGGAAUGCGCUUCUUCUCCGAUUCCUUGCAGGAGGCCGACCCGCCUGUGCAGUUUGGUUCUGUCAUCUUCGGCGAGCCAACCGAAGGCAAGCUAGCUUGCGGCCACAAGGGCGGGGUGUUCUGCGACAUCACGGCAAAGGGUGUUGCUGGUCACUCCGGCUACCCCUGGCUGGGCAAGUCGGCCAACGAGAUCAUGAUCAAGGCUUUGGCCAAAGUCAUCACGACCGACCUCGGAAGCACCGAAAAAUGGGGCAAUACCACGGUGAACGUUGGCCAGAUCAAUGGCGGCGUCGCCCAGAACGUCAUCCCUGCCGCGGCUCUGGCUAGAAUCGCAGUCCGCGUUGCUAUCGGCCCUGAGAAGGAUGGCGGAAACAUCGUCAAGGGCAGGAUCCAGAAGAUACUUGACGAGACCGAUUCCGAGUCGCUCGAGUUGACGUGCACACACGGAUACGGCGUCGUAGAGGCCAACUGUGAUGUUGACGGGUUUGAGACGACCGUGGCCAACUAUGGCACUGAUAUCCCCAACCUCAAGGGCUCUCACACGCGCUACCUCUACGGCCCAGGCAGCAUUUUGGUGGCCCACGGCCGCGACGAGAACAUUACGGUCGGCGAACUCGAGGAGGCUGUGGGAGGUUACCAGAAGCUGAUCUUACAUGCUCUCAAGGAUUCCGCCUGA